ACAUCGAUCUUCGCGGAACGAUGGAGGUACGUGAGCUAGCAGCUGAUUUUCCUUGUCAUGCUAUAGAUUUGAUGCAUACCACCAUCAUGGCUUGCGAUGAGUUCUUGUUUCGUGACUUUUGGAAGCAAGGUGUUGCGGUUUGGAAUCCGUGGUUGAAACAGGUUGGAUGGUUCGAGUAUGAGGAUAAAGGUUUUCAUUUCUGCGGUGUAGGAUACGAUAAUAGUAUACCCGAAAAGGGUUACAAGAUCUUGGGGUAUUUUGAUUGUCUUCGUAGAGUCAGUGACACUUACGAGGUAGGUUACCGUAGGGUUGCGAUUUACGAGUGUUUGUCUCAUGCAUUGAAGUUUAUUGAUGGCCCUUUCAAGCAGUGGCCCAUGAUGGUACCUUUGUCCUUGAACGGGAAUCUCUAUUGGCUUACUCAGAAUCCCGAGACUCGUGAGCAUUUCAUCCGAAGCUUUGAUUUCUCGAGUGAAAUAUUCAAACCCUUUUGUCUCCUACCGUGUCAGAAGAACCGUUCUUCGGAUAGACUUAUCCUCGCGGUUUAUAAAGGAGAUCGGUUUUCGUUGUUAAAGCAAUGUUAUGUAACAGGGACGAUUGAUAUUUGGGUAACGAAGAAGAAUAUUGAUGGAGAGGAAGUGGUGUGGAUAAACUUGAUGACUUUUCCAAGAACUAACUUGCCUAAGUUAGUUAAUAAGAUUUGUGGCAUUAGUUACUUCAUCUUUGACAAGACCCUAAUCAUAUGUUGUGGCGACGGUCAACUUGGAGCGGCUUGCAUCUACAUAUUGAGGGGAGAUAUGUUCAAGAAGAUUCAUAUAGAUUCAGGGAUUAUUCGGUUUUCUCACUGUGUUUAUCUUCCAAAUUUGAUCUCGGUUCCUUUAGAAUUCAUAUCGCUACAAGUUUAAAUUUUUGGAUUUUUCUUUUUUUUAACGGAUCUCAAUUCCGUAUAUAAUUGUGUUCUUGAGGUUUGCGGUUCAAGAACCAGUCAACGACUCCUACAAGAACACAUUUUUCAUAUAUUACCUUCAAGAACAUGUCACUUUAUCAAUUCUCGGGUUCUCAUUGUGAUCGCGACAUAAAUUGCUUCAAACCCGCUUUACACAUAUAAUAUGUAUUGUAGUACAAUUUUGUAAUUAAUUUUCAUUUUAGGA